AUUUAAGCCUAUAGUAGUAGCAGCGCAGCGAGUCGGGCGCUGUGCGGCAAAAUAUGAUUAUUGCCACAUCACCUUCAAGUUGACGAGACGACCUUGACUCCGGCUUUUUCUACUUGUUGCUGGAUAAGGUCUUGUCAUCCCUUUUGUGGGCUUAUUCCUUGCAUGUAACGUGGUACAAGUUAAGCGGGUAGUCGCACAUCAUCAGAUUUGCUGGUCACGUACUUACAGGUGAGCUGGUCUUGUCAAAUAGCGCGCGUUCCUCGCUUCAAACAAACGUGCAUGUUCCUUUCCUCUAUGUCGAGCGCUUUUCGAUCAGCCACCUUCGACCCUGAACAAGCUGCAAGCGUCAGAAGACAGCAGAUUGUGUGCGGUAUACCGUUCGAGCAGACCAGUGAAGCACUCUCCCGAAGGCAAUAGUUCCCAGCUUUCACGACAAAGUGACGUCUUUGCAUAAUUAGUAGCGUCCUGAAGCAGGCACUUUCAUUCAGAACGAACCCAGUCAUUCCAACUUGACGGUCUUCCAGCAUAAACGCAGGGCAGUGGGGCAUCUACUUCGCAAAUUGCACGCCAGUUCCUUGUGGAUCAAAGCUGCUGCUAAGAAGCCAUAUCGGACCCUGUCAUAGGUGACGGCACGCCUUUCACAAGCCAAGCUUCUUCUAGAAGCACAGAGGCAAGAAUAGACGUCACAUCAUUUCAGCACAUUUUUGUUCCGUUGCUUCACUAGUUAGCGUGUGCAGUAUUGACGAGCCCGACGUAAUGGCGACUCUCUAUGUGGGUAACUUCGUUUUUGCUGGUGUGAGCGAGAUUCACCUGCGGCGUGCCUUCCAGACCUUUGGGCCCCUGCGCUGCGUCCAGAUGAAAAGAAACUAUGCAUUUGUAACAUUUGCGGACGUGCGCGCAGCUCAAGAAGCAGUCCACGCCUACAGGGCGGGCCUUGUUUUGCACGGGGAGCAAAUACUGGUCAGGUGGGUGCGGAUGCACAAUGCGCCCGGGGGAGGCCUCCGGGAGCUUCCCACGAGCUUCCAGACGGUCGCAUACAACGACCGGGCCAGGCCCCAUGGUUGUAAGCGCUUUACCGGCUGUAGAGAUAGUUUACGGCAAGGGGCGCCUGCAGGAAGCUUUUGUACCAUCUAUGGCAGGGCGGGCCACUCGACCGCUGCCUGCCGCUACAACGUGAGGACCAUAAGGGCCGGGGGCGUUGACAUGGCACGCGCCAAAUGCGCUUGGGAUUCAGAGGUAGCGAAGCGCGGGGACGGAAACUUGGCGAGCGGCAGUGGAGCAAGGCUGGAGGGCGGAGUGGAGCCCAGACCGAACCUGAGGGGAAGGGGCUGUUCAGCAGGGAAUGCGGGACUCGGUUCAAGGCAAACGUCUCCCAAAAAGAUAUUUGAUUUGGAUGAGCCUGAUGCGAGGAUGAAGCCGCCUUCUGGCGGGGAUCGGAGGUCAGAUUUUGUGGUGAACGGUGAGCUGAUGCAGCGAGCGAGCGACUGGUUCAGAGGUUACCAAAGGAGGGAGCCGAGUAUGAGCAGGGCCAUCCCCAGGAGCGGUCAAUCUUCCGCGGGCCUCAGUCUGACCCGGUGCUCGGACAGCCGCUGCAGCUGCCAGUCUGACACCAGCCUCUCCUCCCCGUCUUCGAGCGACACCUUCUCCUCUUGCAAUGCAACAUUUCUUACCCCAAAGGACGGGGUCAAAGGGACCAACAGACGCUCCCCCUUCAAAAUGUAG